UGUUUGAUCCGGCCCAAUUCAUUCUGAUCUACCAUCUCUGCUCAUCUCUCAGUCAGACGGUCGUACGCUAUAUUGGCCUCUCUGUUUCCAUCUUCUCUUCCCCUUAGGUCGGACGCAGUCUACGCCACGCCGUUCGUCUAAAGUCCCGAGGUUAGUUGAUUAUUACUAACUGUCUUCUUAUUUUAUCUCAUCUGGUUUUGUUUCUUCCUACAUAUCUUAUUUUAUCUUAUCAGCAGUGAAUAGGUCAAGCUUAGAGAGUUAGAGGGUGUUGUUGAGCGUUGCCUUCCUACGGAAGAGAGCCAAAAUUCUGCAGAUUAACUAUUCACCCCUGUCCUGAAUAAUGGGGAAGUUGAAGAGAGGCAAAGAGGAAGGCAAGGAAGGAGCCAAGGGUAACAGAGGCAAGAGGAGGAAGCUCAGUCGCGGGAAGGAAUCUAAAAAAGGGGAGGGAGGAAAGAGACGUUAUGGGCCCGGUUUGCCAAAUGUACUUCGGAAGCAACUUGCUCUUCAAAACGCGUCAGAUACUGAUUCUAUCGACUCCGAUUUUGCUGCUGAUAAUGAUUUGUUUGAGAAUGAAGAAGUUGUUGCGGAGGAGGAAUCUAAAAAGAAUAAACGAUAUGAUCCUGUAGAUAACUACCUUGGUGAGCUGCAAGACCUUCCUGCAAAGUAUAAGAAUGCAGUCGUGACAUCUGAUGAAGAAGACUAUAAUGAUGAUGAAGGCUAUGGAGACAGUGAUGAUGCUGGUGAGGAUGCUGAUGAAAGACAUUCAAGGAUGUUGCAGGGAAUAACUGGUUUGCCAAGUGAUGCAUUUAUAGGUAAGAAGAAGAGAAGUGAUGAUAUAAUAACUGAGGCUUACCCAGAGUCUGAAUAUAACCCCAGUCGUGAUAUCCUGGAUGGCGAUGGCCGGAUUAGUAUUGCAGACCUUCUAGAUCCCCUACAUGGGAAGUCGGGCUACAGCGAACUCAGGAAGAACAUACAAAGAAUGGAAAAAAAGGCUAUAUCCAUUCACGCACCUCUCCCUAGACCAGAUCAAGAAAGGUUGGAAAGAAAAGCUGCUUAUGAACAAUCGAAAAAGGAUAUUAGUAAAUGGGAACCAUCGGUCAAGAGAAACAGAGAAGCAACUACUAUCUUUUUUGAUGAAGACUUAGAUUUGGGGUUUUCUACUGUAGGUGCAAUCGCUGCAAAUUUUGAACCCAGAACAGAUUUUGAAAGGAAAAUUGCUUCUUUGGUUGGUGGCAGUGAAAUAGUUGAAGCUCAUAAAAAAGAUGGUGCAAGGCUUCUUGAGUUAAAUAAGAUAAGCGUUGAAGAUGUGAAGGGACGUCAAAAUGAAUUAGCAAAAAUGCGCAGUCUUCUUUUCCGCCAUGAAGUGAAAGCAAAACGACUAAAGAACAUCAAGUCCAAAGCAUAUCAUCGGUUACUAAAGAAAGACAGAUUGAAAGCAGCCACAUCUGCUGAGACAGAUCCAGAAGCUGCUAAAGAAUUGGCUAUGAAACAAGAGUUCAAAAGGGCUGAGGAACGCAUGACUCUGAAACACAAGAAUAAGUCCAAAUGGGCAAAACGCAUCAUUAAACGUGGCUUAUCAGUACAAGAUGAAGGAACACGUGCUGCUUUGACUGACCAACUGAACCAGCAUGCUGCCUUAACUAGGAAGAUGAACUCCAUGAAUGAGGGCAGUAGCACUAGUGAUGAUAGCAGUGAUGAAGAUGGCAUUGAUGAGGUUUCAGCUGAGUCAGAUGGGGAUGUUGAAUCUAAACUGUUAAGUAAAGCCAAGGAGAAGACACUUAAAAUAAUCGAAGAGGGAGAUGAAUUGCCUCCUACAGGAUUGUUGUCUUUACCUUUCAUGGCUCGCAGUUUGAAAAGAAAGAAAGAUGCAAUUGAUAAAGAAGCAAAUCUGGCUCUCCAGGAGUAUGAAGCGUCAUUGAAUGAGUUGAAGGACAAAGGUGUUGCUGGAACUCAGAAAAUAAAUGUUUUGAGUGGUAGGAGAGCCUUUGGUGCUUCGAAUAAUCAGGCUCAUAAAAAAUCUAGUGAUGAGAAUAAGAUGAAAACGGUUGAUUAUUAUGAUGACAGUGAUAGUGAAGGCUUGGGUGAUGAUCAAGUAAUAGAUGAUGGACAUGAUAACAAAAAUAAUACAACUCAAGCAGACGCUUCUUUGGAUCUUAAUGUACUCCGUGAAGAGUCUGAGAUGGAUCAUGAUCCCAUUCUUAAGACUUUUGAGGAUAUUGUUAAAAACCCUGGACCAAAGACAACAUAUGAAGUAGCAAUUAUUGCACCCAAGGAAAUUAAAAAGAUGAAACAACCAUCUAAUAUGAAUGGACAGAAACUCUCAAGGAAUGCCUCUGCUGCUGAGUCUAAAGAGAUUCCACUAUCAGAGGAAAUGGAUGGUGGAAGUGAUACAGAUAGUGGAGGACAGAUGGUUGACGGGAUGUUGUCUUCUGGGGUCAAGUCAAGAUAUGAACUCCCGUCUCAGGAAGAACUCAUCCGGCGUGCAUUUGCAGGUGAUGAUGUGGAAGAUGAAUUCGAGAAAGAAAAACAGGAUAUUUUGAAGGAGGAAGUUCCAGAACCCGAAAAGCCUGCUCUACUUCCUGGGUGGGGUCAAUGGACAAGUGUACAAAAAAAGAAAGGUCCACCUUCUUGGAUGCUUGAGGAACAUGAGAAUGCCAAAAUUAAAAGGCAAGAAGCUCUCAAGAAGAGGAAGGAUGCCCGUCUUAAUCAUGUUAUAAUCUCCGAGAAGCUGGAUAAAAAGGCUGAAAAAUUACAUACAAAGACAUUGCCAUAUCCCUACACGUCCAAAGAAGUAUUUGAACAGAGCAUUAGGAUGCCAAUUGGACCGGAGUUCAACCCAAUAACAGCAGUUGCUGCACUUAAUCAGCCAGAGGUGGUAAAGAAAGCCGGUUUGAUCAUAAAACCUAUCAAAUAUGAGGAUGUGAAUCCUCAUGAAAAGCACGGUACAGACCAUAAGCGUGUUGAUGGUGUGAAUAAGCAGCGGAAGAAGUCGAAAAAGGGCAACGGUGAUGGCGGUGUGAAAGCAACCGCCUCAAAGACAAAAAAGUGCAGGCCUACAUAGAUAAAGUUUUGCUGGAUAUUUAUUGUAUAAUCAGAUAAAUUUUGUAGUGACAUGAUAGAAGACCAAGUCGUAUCGUAUACACCUUUGAUUUCAAUGAUACCAAGUUUGAGGUAUUGUUACAGUUUCUUUCUAAUAUACGCAGUAUGUAUUUGUGAUUUCAUAAAAGAUAUGGUAAAAUUAAUUCCAAAGCUUUAGGUUGGAUUAUAA